UAAGAAUAGACUGAAUGCUAUUAUGUUAAUAAUUGUAUGCUACCAUACAUGAACUAUUGUACAAUUUUAUGUAGUAAAAAUACAUGCACUAGCAAUAAAAUAGAUGUUUUGAUAAAGCAAUGACUUAUGUUCUGACUAUCUCCUUACACGAGACCAGACUCGCGAGAAUAUACCACACCCGGCAACGGACCGCGUCGUAAUAAGGUCUAUAACAUUUGAAAAAAGUAAUGUAAAAACAUAAACUUUAACAUUGCGUUUACAAUUCAGACUUAAAAUGAGGCAACUUGAAAGUAAUAUUUGGUGACCUUUUAACGUUUAAUUGGUUUAAGUAAAAUGAAAUUGGAUAAUUACCUUCUUUGAAGACUGAUACAAGAUCGAAGAAGAAUAAAAAGAAACAUGUUUGCAUUUUUUUUUCCACAGAGACAAUAUGUCAAAAUCAAAAUUGGGGGCAGGUAUUCUUGAUUGUCCAUUAUGUUUGUAAACAUACAAGGACCCAAGAGUACUUCCGUGUCAGCAUUCAGUUUGCAGAGAAUGUCUAUCUAUGUAUAUCAAGCGCAAAAUUGAUGAAGGAGGCCGACAAACAAGACUUCCUUGUCCGGUCUGCAAAAGAAAAACAAAGUUAAGAGACGCAUCCUCUUUCAAGAAGAGUUUAACAAUCUCUGGAUUUCUUGAUUCAAUACAAAAGACAUCUGCUGAGAAGAAAGGCAAGGCUGAAACAACUGAAACGCAAAUUUGUUUUGAAGACAUACAUAUUGAAUCAAACGAUGAAGUCAAUGUGAUCAAUAAAAAGGAUAUUGUGAAUAGAAAAGAUGAAACUGGUAAACAUUUGGAAAAUGAAAAGUAUGUCGUGGUAGCAACGCAAGAAGAAAAUAUCACUGUUGAAAAUCCCAUUGACAAUACCAAUCAGAAACUUCUAUUUCGAAUCAGUCUUAUUCUUUUCAGUGCUUUUUUGUCCAUCAAAAAUCAAAAACUUCUAUCUCGAAUCAGUCUUAUUCUUUUCAGUGCUUUUUUGUCCAUCAAAAAUCAGAAACUUCUAUCUCGAAUCAGCCUUAUUCUUUUCAGUGCUUUUUUGUCCAUCAAAAAUCAGGAACUUCUACCUCGAAUCAGUGUAAUUCUUUUAAGGUUGUUUUUGACCAUCAAUUUCUGGCCACAAAUUGCAUUUCUAUAUGUUUUAUAUGUGGUCGACUUAGCUUUGAUAAUAGUGAGUUUCUUCUUCUUACGUUAUUUGGCAGUACUAUUUAUAACAUUAGAUUUCACUUUAAAUUUUCAAAGAAGGCUAUCUUUAAUAAACGUAUUGUAUGAAAAUCAUGUAAUAGUUAAAAAAAGGGGACAUUUUUACCUUCUUGUUAAUUUGGAAUGGCUCAAUUGUGCAGUAUUUAUCCUCGAAAUAGCAAUCAUCUAUGCCGUAAUUUCAAGUUUCUUGGUCAUUCUCUUUUAUGGUAUUUCUGAGUUUGCAAUUAGUAAGAUAGCAAAGAAAAUUAUUUUGGUUUACAUUAAUAAUUAUUUGGGUACACUACUCAGUGUCAUUGUAAAUGCAGUCUGUAAUCUUAUAUAACAU